AUGAUACAAACUACGAUACGAAAAACAGGGUUAGCGCUCAGCUGGAAUCGACGCCUGCUUCCUUUUCUUAGAAAUGUUGCAACUGCACCUUACCAAAGCUACCUAAACAAGUCAAUAUUUGACCCAGAGAGAUUCACAUUUCCACCACAAGAUAAAGUAAAAUGGGAUGCGCUAACAAAAGAAUACACUCGUAAGCUAUUUACAAAAGAUGUCUCAGUAGUUUUCAAUCAUCUAGUGGAAUUGGAGAAGUACUACAAUAGAUCAGCAGACAACAAGCAGCAAAGGCAGAUGCAAAUGCUAAACUUUUUUCAAGCAGGGCUUUAUUUGUAUAUGGCGAUGGGUUCGAGGUACAACGUUAAAGAAGUCAAUGACAUCGUUCAAUCUUAUGCUAAGUUAAUUCAGCAAGUGAAACUUUUCGAAGUUGGUAACGACGCAUUACAACCACACAUUGACAUAAUUUUAAAGGCUCGACUACAUGCAUAUCACUUGGAGAGGAAAACCAGAAAAAGUCAGAUAUUUGCUUUGCCAAUCAAGAAUGGGUUCAAACAGGCCGUGGAUGACUUUCACGUCGACUUGUCACUGUUUUCAAGACGAUUGACUGAUGAACACUUGAUCAAAUGCGUGGAAGAGCUCAAUCCCGAGACUAAAGAAACGGAGUACUCGACCAGACAUAAUACAGAACCCAAGAUAUCUAAUCAGAUCCCAAUAGGCUCCUACUUGGAUGAUUUCGGUAACUUACAUUUCGAAAAAGCAUGUGAAUAUAUUGAGAAUAACAAAUUUGAAUGGAAAGGAGAACCAAUUACAUGCAGAAUAUACGAGUUCUACGAAAGUUUACCCAAUGAUGAAAAAUCAACAUUUUUACUGGAUUACCUCACCUUUAACAAGACAAAACAAUCAAUAUUAGAGCAAUAUACUCAUAAGUUGAUCAAAAGUCCAUCAAAAUACAGCACAGUUUCCGAGCAGAGUGCGAAAUUCGUUUCUCAUGAGCAAGAAAUGGUCAAAAAUUGGAUUGAUUCUAGUUGUAGGAGAAUUGAACUGAUAAGUAUUGGGUCGCCCGCCUCGGAUAAUGAAAAAGUUCUUUAUCGGUUUCGUCAAUUUGUUCAAGUUUUCCCAAUAAGCACCAUGAUCAGCAAUAUCAUUUACCAACUAAUUUCAUCGGCAUACAAGGAGAAAGUAGGGGUUGUGGAAAUUUUAAACAGUAUGAGGAUUGCUUUUAGACGGGAUAUAUCAUUGAUGAAAAAUUCAGACAUUAAGGCUCAACUUUUCAAGUUCAUCUCAGAUAAUGAUUUUGAUAAAUUCUCUAGUAUUUUGGUCAAAUCAGUGAUUGAUUCGUGUAUUUUACCUAAAGAAUAUGCAAUUAGUGGAGCAGAUGAUGAAGAUGAUAACACAUCCGUCUUCACUUUUAACGACACCGAUAGCCAAUUUGCUUUUAGUCUUGAUACAAGCUACUUGUCCCCUGCUAAAUCCAAAUCAGUAAUAAAAAUCAACACUGUACUCACACAAAGCCUAACUUCGAUUCCGAUUGGCUCGGAUUCACAUCAUUUCCCAUUAUUGUGUCCACCAGAACCAUGGCUUGGGGUCAACAAAGGAGCAUAUUUGGAAAGAAGUACCCCAUUCCUAAGUGGUUUUGACCAAUUACAACAAACGAUAUUACAAAAUGCGCAUCUUCAAGGCAAAUUAGACUCGGCCUUUAAGUGUCUUGACCAAAUGGGUAAAACAGCAUGGUCCAUUAAUCCAGAUUUGUUACUGGUAUUUAACAAGGUCAUGGAAAUACCCCAGGGAUUCCUUGACAUUCCACCAAAGGUUAUUGAAGUGUCGAGCAAAUCAAAACAAGAGAUUAUUGAUAUAAAAGGGUUGAGACUGAAUUUCGAAACGGUCAAAAUGUUGGCCAAUGCAUUUGGACGUAAUGGUGAUAUGUUGUAUCAUUGUUAUGUAUUUGAUUUCAGAGGUCGUGUUUACCCUUUAUCUCCAUUGACUCACUACGGUGGUGAUUUAACCCGAUCUUUGUUUCAAUUCUGGCAUGGUCAACCAUUGGGUGCUAACGGAUUUUAUUGGAUAAAGUAUCAACUAAUGUCGGUGUUUGGUGGCGGCACCGAUUGUGAACAAUUUUUCAAUCAGAAUAGGGUCGAGAUCAUUGAUUCGGCAGUUGAUCCAUUGCACAACAGAUGGUGGAUGAAAGCCGAUGAACCGUUUUCGGCAUUAUCCGUUUGUAUUGAGAUUAGAAAAAUCUUGCAAUUCCUUGAACAAGGCAAGGGCUCAAUCGAAGAGUAUGUAUGUCGAUUGCCUAUCCACCAAGAUGGUUCAUGCAAUGGACUACAACAUUAUGCCGCAUUAGCUGCUGAUGGUCUUGGUGGUAAAGCAGUAAACUUGGUCCCAAUGGAUACAAAACAAGACGUGUAUUCCACAGUUAGAGAUAUUGUUGAAUGCAAGAUUAUUGAUGAUGUGGAAAAUAAACUAUUGGAAAAGGAUCGCGACCAUGCUGAAUUCAUGUUGAAGAUAUUGGACCGUAAGUUGAUUAAACGACCAGUUAUGACUACUGUUUACGGAGUUACAUUAGCUGGUGCAAGUCGACAAAUUUUAGAGAAUAUUGAGAAGAUCGUAUCUGAUCAUGAUGAAAAUCCGUCCAAACGGGGAUUAUAUGAUGAUUCAACCAUUGAUAAACUAAGACAAUUCAAUUUGAAAUCGACUAUUUACCUAGCAAGAAAGAUUUUAUCAUCAAUUGAUGAUUUAUUCUACAAUGCUAAACAAAUGGAACGAUGGCUUGUUGAUAACACGAGACGGAUUUUGACUAGCCAUAAUGUGAAAACGUUAAACUAUCUUCAACUGAAGACAUUUGCAUCAGCAUCGCUUACAUCCACGUCUGCAACAAAAGCCUUAAGUAAUUGGUACAAGACACCCAUAAGUUAUACUCCCAUUAGUUGGAUAUCUGCUUCUGGGUUUCCUGUGAUACAAACGUAUCGGAAAAAACUGCAGCCACAUAGUGUUACCGGAGCGUUGGGGUCUAUUAUGCAGCGGGCACUGAGCAAAUAUGCACCCAUGGAUCGACGUAAGCACGAGUUGGCAAUUGCACCCAAUUUCAUUCAUUCUUUGGAUGCCAGUCAUAUGUUUAUGACAUGUGAUGCAUGCGCUGGCAAAAGUGAAAAUACCAGUGUGGAUGGCCCUACUGGGUUGACAUUUGCAUCGAUACAUGAUUCAUAUUGGACCCAUCCAAACGAAGUUGAGAAAUUAUCACAAAUAUUGCGUCGAACGUUUGUUAAAUUGCAUUCAUUUGACUAUAUGAAUCAUGUUCGUAACGAUUUCAUUAAUCAAGUCAAGCAUUCGCAUUUAUUCCAAUUGGUUUACUUCAACAAGAUGGAGUAUCCCGAUCUCUAUACGAAAUUGAAGACUAUUCGAAAUGAAUAUGAAGAGUGUGGUGGUAAGAUGAAAGUUGCCGAUGUGUUGAAUCUUGAGUUGAAGCAAAUCCAUGAAUUGAGACAAGAUCAUCCCGUGAGCCAACUACUUAGCGAGCAUGAUCCGAAAUUGUACCACAUUGCCGGCAACACCAUAUACGAAUACGGAUCCGAUGUCAAAGAUAGUGGAAGAGCACUAAUUGACAAAUCACAGCGCAAACAGAUGGUUCCGGUUUUCGUUCCUGUACAAAUAUUGAAUCUUCCAAAGAGAGGUGCAUUAGAUAUAAGACAAGUUCUUCAAAGUAAAUAUUUCUUUUCCUGA